AUGCACCAGGUCUUUCCCAAUACCGGAAAUUCGCUUCGCUCCUACAUACCACCCAAAACAGUUUCACUUUCGCAGACUUUGAGCGACAUCGCCAGCGACCCAUAUGCUUCUAGUCUACCCCAGCAUGCCUCCCAGCGUUAUCUUGAACCACCGGACACAGUAUCGAUAGCACCACCAACGCGCUACGCAUCUAUAGCUGACUGUCCUAUCGCCGAGCCGACUAAAUUACAUCACCGAACCGUCACAGAGCCAGCCCGAUCCACCAGUGACCUGCCACCUCUCAUACGUCGAUCUUCCGACUCCAGAAACUUGUCCACUGCUCAAUUGUCCGUCAUACCUCAACUUGACCCCUCCUCGCAACUAGACGAUUUCCACCCCUCUCCCCAGCAGUCGCGGCAGUCAUCGCCAACGCGAUCUAAUAGAUUCUCUGUACUCACAGGCAAGUCAGAAGAGAAGGCUGGAAAGCUCGCGGGUUGGUUUAAGGGCGAAUCUAAACCUAUCAGCGUUGGAAUCAUACCGUCGCCAACGAAGGAGAAGAGUGAUCCUCUGGACAGCAUCGCAGAAUCGUCCGACAUACGAGCUACUAACCUGCUGCAACGGCUCUCGACUACGCAGGUUAUGCCAAAGCCUGCAAUGGCGAGUCGCUUCUCUUUCUUCUCGAGCAAAGCCUCCUUGGUGAAACCGAUACCGCUGCCGGACGAGCUCAGCGAUGAGCUUCUCGAAAUGGACGUCAGCGCCGCCCUGUUCCCCAACGAACCUCCAAACCCCUUCUCGCCCGCUUCUUUCAAAAAUCUACAACAGCAAGCUGAGGGUUUGCUAUCGCGAUUACAGACGGCCUACAAAGAGCGCACAAUAGCACUGCGCGAUAUGAUGGCGGAGAAGGAGACUGUAGCGGAAGAGUCGGAAGGCGUUGAGACACGUGCUAGACAUUUGAAGAUGCAACUCGAUGGUAUGACAGCCAAGUUCGCUGAGCAAGACGAAGCCAUGAUGAAUUUGGUGGACGAGCUAGCACAGGAGAAGCAAGCGCGCCGAGAAGAAGAGGAAGCGAGAAAGAGAACCGUACGAUUCGUUGGGGACGUUACUUCUCCGAGCAGCGGCGGUUGUGGCCUCAUGCGCUCCAACACAGUCAGCGACUCUGGGUUCGAGUCGGAAGACGAUAGCUCCGCCGAUAGCGUCUUCUCAAGACGGGACGGCGCUCGAUCGCCCAAUAUGUCCGUGUCAUCCGCCUCGACUACGAACUCGCCAGAUGUCUACCGAACAGAAGAAUUCCAUGUCUCAGCAUCGACGGCACACAUUGGGCUUCUUCGCUUGCCCCAGGGUCAGCCUGCAGCAAAAGGCAUGCCUGUUCAUUCUUGUACGAACUGUGAAGGCGUGAGAGCGUCGGAAGCUUGGAGCGUUGUCAGCAUUUUGAAGGAGGAGAACGAGGCAUGGAAACAUCGGGUAGGGGAAUUGGAAGGAGCAUUGGAUGGAUGUUUGGAUGUGGUGGGAAGACUGAGCUGA